AUGCCUGUACCAGCUACACUCAUGAGCUACCUUCCCGUGCUUCUCAUCUCUGUUACCCACUCCGCCGCUCCCGACGACUCCUCUUUUUCUCCUGUCCCAGACGGCCAGGUCGACUAUCUAUCCCACGAAUGGCGCGAAGAAGACGUCUGGCGCUCCUGGCGCAGCAUGACUCGCCAGAAGAACGCCAUCGCGAACGGGAUGAGGCUGGAGAACGCCAGCUGGCGCACCUGGUGGAAGCAGAGGAAUAAACUCAAGACCAUCAGUCCCGAGACUCUCAAUUGGCUGAAAGACUCGGACGUGACAUGGCUAUACGGUCCUCUGCACGUAGGUACGGACUGGACGCCGUCGUCACAUACCUCUGAGCAAACGCUCCGCCCUCGAGAACGCAAGACGAGCUUCGACGAAAUCACAAGCCGCCAUGAACUUUCCCCACGCAACCUCAAGACCCGCCCGCCACUGACAUCGACCGUAUCGGCGCCAUCAUCGAACCCGAAGAAGCCGAUUUUGAAGCGACGGAGCAUCAGCCAGCUGCUGUCGCUCCCGAACAGCCCUUUUUUCAGCCAGGGCGACACCGACGAGGAAGAGGUUCCGGAGCAUGUGCACGGGGAGGAGUCGGACCGUGCGCCCGAGGACGACUCUGAGCACGGGCGGCAGCGACGGUUGCUGUUGCACACGAAGAGCGAUACGCACAUCAGCUCGCGCGGCCGGCCGUUCCGCAAGGACUCGCCGCCACGGAUCAUUGCGGAGGAGUCGCCGCAUUCCCCGCACUCCCCGCACUCGGUCACGUUCGCGUCGACGGCCGAAGGGACGUCGAGCGAGCGGUCGAUCUCCACCGGGAGCGACCAGGACUUCAGCGGGGGCUCGGAGCCGAACAAGAAGCGGCAUAUUUCGUUCAACACGUUCGUCGAGCAAUGCAUUUCCAUCGAGAAGCCGAAGGUCAAGCGCUCCGGCAAUAGCAGCAGCCGUCUUUCCCGCGUUGCCAGCGACGACGACGACGGGUACGAAGAGGACUCGGAACAGGGCUACGAUGAGGAGCCCUCGUCGUUUUAUCUGCCUAAUCAGCCCGCUUCCAAUUCAGACUCGGACGAUGAUGACGACGACGACGUGCUGGAAAUGCGCACGUCUUCAUCCCGCUCCCGCUCGUCUUCAGAGCUCCAGCGUCUGAACUCGUCGACCGGGAGCCUCUCGCGCCGGUUACGCCCGGCGCUUUCGCGUAGGUCCUCAACCGCGGGCGACCGCGUCACCAUCGCGCCCAUCGCGCCGACGCUCCUGAAGACCACCAGCGACGCUGACGAUCUGGUGUCCGACCGCGUCACUGCGCCCUCGAAGGACGUCGAGCUCGUGUACGUGCCCUCGACGCACAACGGGUACAGCGUCCCGUCGACGCCCAGCGAGGACGUGUAUCACCAUCGAGAGUCGUAUUUCAGCGUCGGCACGCAUUCCCCUCAUUCCAGCUCUCCCCUAGCCGAAUCCCCGCCAAUACCCAGCGUCGCCGUCCUCCCCCCGCCACGCUACCCGACGUCGCCUCACCCCGAUUACGCUACCCCGGGACAUCCCAGGAUGUUUCCCAAGCCGAUCUCAGAUUUGCCGCAGAGCGACGCCGUGGUGGAGGAUGUGUUCGAUUAUUUCGGUGAUUCGGACGGCGAGGGCUUCACGGAGUGGUCUGAGCUCUCGCGGAAGGGCGGGCGGAGUAGAGGCAGCGUCUCGCAGGCGCAGGACGAGGGUGCGGAGGGUGUGACGCGGUACGCGGAAGGUGGCGCGGCGAGCGUCACGAACGGACGGAGUAGUGGCCAAAUUUCGCCGAGCCACAGCCCGGAGACACCGGUCGUGGUCGUGAACGCAGCCACAGGCGCCGCGGAGGAGCGCAGCGAGCGCUCGCGGGAAAGCAGCCCGUCGUUCGAGUACCCGGCUGUGCAGCCCUACCAGCCGCCAUUGCCACCACGGGGGGACGAGAGUGGUUCGCCGACGUUCGUGCAUACGCCCGCCCAGGCGGUGCCCGUGCCACGUAUCGGCACCUCGCAUCCGUUCAUAUCGUUCUCUCCGCAGGUAACAGACCCCGCGCUGCUCUCGCCGCCCGACGUCGGGUCAUGUCGGGGGCGCCUUCCUGUGUGUUCGUCUGUGAGCGGGUCGACGACGACGGGCUCGAGCAGCUAUUCGCGCUCCAGCGACUCGCGCUCGGACUCGCGGGGCCGCUCGCUCACGCGGACGUCGUCCUUCUCCGACUGCGAACGCUCGGGCUCUCGGUCUAGCCGGGGCACGAAUUCGCCGCUGGGGAGCAUCUCGCCUACAGGGUCCGGAUUGGGCAUUGGGAUGCCCUACUCGAGAGGGCGCGAGCGCGAUGCUAAGCGGGCGAGUAAGAAGAGCGACGAGGAGCGGGGACGUGACCGUGGCGGGAGACGAAUAGGUGGGAGCGCGAGCCCGCCGAGUCUGCUCGGAUCGCCGAUACGAACGGCGGACGAGCACGCGUACUCGCCCGUUCUCUCGGAUGUGCCACUCGAGAGCGUGGCAUUGGCGUCGUCGCCGCCCUCGUCCAUAUCAGGCUCCUCGACCGCCAGCACCUCGACCGUGGCCCCUGCGCCUCAGGGCGAGAGCGAUAUCGUGCAGAAUCGACUGCGCGUUCGCAUCGUCCACGGCCAGUCUAGCAUACCCUCGAUAGCAUUACCGUCGCCGAUACCCGAAGAGGAGGAACAGCGCUCGCGGCAGCCGACACCCGCCAACUCGCCCGUCUCUGCUUUGCACCGUGCUUUGCCUGAUGUACCCGACCGCGUGUCACAACCGCCACAACUGCGGCGACCUAUGGAUCCCCACCCAGAGCGACAACCGCAGGCGGAACAGAAGUCUGCGGCGCGUUCAAGUCCUGGCAAAGACCGGGCUGCACAUGCGUCGCUGGACCACCACGAGCAGCCUGGCACGCUGGUGAGCCGUGCAGUUGAGAUGGUGACCUCUGCGAGAGGCUUCCUUGGCGCAAUAUGGAACGCCGCCUCAUCAUGA